AUGGUAAUCUCCCCAGAAAUCUCGUACGAUUUGAUUUCGGGAAUAGAUUUCCUCUGGGCCUUCCAACUCAGCACUGAUGUUAGUCAGGACACACUGAUACCCGAAGGGAAACUAGUAUCCCUAAGAGAACACGCUAAGGGAGGACCCGAUUGGGUAUUCGAGGUGCACCCCGUGGAUCUGCAGCGCCAAGUAUCCAGGCCUCUGUGUCGUGCCGAUCCGUACACCUCGUCACAACAGAUGGAUCGGAUCCAUGCAUUAUUGAUCAAACACCAGGCUGCUUUCGCGUGGGAGGGCGUUCCUCUGGGCAGAACCAAGACCAUCCAACAUCAUAUUACCACACAAGGGGUGUCACCCGUACGACAGCACCCCAGAUGGGUACCAGUACGAUAUAGAGCUGAGUUGGGAAGGGUCGAUGACUUCUUUGUGCGCACUAGUAUGGAUAAUCUUCGUGGUCAUAGCAUGAAACUCUUCAAACCGCGUGCCCGUACACUAGUCCGUCAGUGCUCUUUCACCCACAGGGUCAUUCCCCUUUGGAAUAGCCUCCCCCAAGAAGUAGGUAACCUUCUUGUACUAACAAGACGCGGAUUCACUUUAAUUAUCCAACAUCCGCCGCAGUGGAGCCUUGCCCGUACCCGGCUCACCGGGACUGUGGUGAUCCAAUCCUACACGAUGGCGCCUACCCUGGAGUGGCGCGUUACAGUUUCAGGACAUUUCCGAUCAAUCAAGUUUGAAUGCUGA